AUGUGUCCCCGACCCUGCGGGGCCCCCAGCAGUGGCUUAUUCCCAGAAAGAGACUUCAAGGUGCGCCACGGAGCCUUUGCAGACGGGGCCGUCUUUGACCUGAAGCGCGUCCCGGACUCCAGGUUGCUGGUGACCAGUGGCCUUCCGGGUCCUCGCCUGCAGGUGUGGCAGCUCUCCGAGGACAGCGAUGCCAUCGCAGCCACCGGCACCAUCGCGGUGCCCGAGGAGGAGGGGCGCCUCUGGCCCAGACUGGCCGUCUUCGCCGCGGCGGCCCCCGCCGUCCUCCACGGGGCGAGGCUGGCCGGGCUGCGGCUCGUGGACCUGGAGUCCCAGAAGACCAAGUUCGCCUCAGGUGUGGGGGACAGCGAGGCGCUGAGCAGCCUGCAGGUCGUGGACGCGGACACCUUCGCCUUCUGCUGCGCCUCCGGCCGCCUGGGGCUCGUCGACAUCCGCCAGCCGUGGGCGCCCUUGGAGUACCGCCACCCUGGAGCUGGCACGGGGGCCAGCGGGGGGCAGUGGUGUGCCGAGGUCGGGGGCCAGGGCGCUGGGCCGCAUGUUGCCAGCCUUGGCUCAGAUGGGCAGCUCCGCCUCCUUGACGCCCGGGACCUGCGCCGCCCUGUGAGCACAGCCCAGUGCCAGGUGCCCGUGCCCAGCCCCGAGCCAGAGCUGCUGCGUGUGACGUGGGCUCCAGCCUUGGACAGCUGCGUGGCCAUCUCAGGCUUUGACGCGACCGUGCAGGUCUACGACGUCACAUCUUGGGGAGAAACACAGAGCCCAGUGGAACCUCUCUUCACUCACAGAGGGCACAUCUUCCUGGAUGGCCACGGGGUGGACGCUGCUCCGCUGGUCACCACCCACACUUGGCACCCCCAGAAACCGAGGACUCUGCUCUCGGCUGCGAGUGACGCCUCGCUGCACGUGUGGGACUGGGUGGGGCCGAGCACCGCCCGCUGACGCGGGCCAGAGGAGCCCUGCUGCCGCCAACUCCAGAGGCUGCGCAGGCCCCGCGGGAGCACGGGCCCUGGUGAGGGCUCUGAGGCUGUGGGCCAGGCCUAGCCGGGCAUGGGGUGGCCCAGGGACAGGCCUCGUCCACCUGCUGCAGACGGCUGGGAGUGGGCAGGCGGGCACACGGCCAGCGUCACUGGCACAGUGGCACUGCGCAGCACAGCACAGAGACCGCUUGCAGGGGGAGCUGUGGCUUCAAGCAGCGGCCUCACUGCCCGGAGCCCCUCUCCUGUCCCACCAGCCCCCUCAGGGGGCAUCUAGAAAACUCCACCCACCGUGGCGGCGAUCCGGGUGGAGUCUGGACAGCAGCAGCCUCCAGCUCGGAGUCGGGGCGCGCGGGAGCGCCCUCCGCCCAACAGGUUCCCGCGCCCAGUCACUGGUGACCCCGCGGUGAGGGCAGUCAGUUCCCUGGGUGCCAGGGCCUCGGGGCCUCUCGGGACUGCGGCGUUCGCACAGGGCACAGCACUGGCAGGUGCCGCCCGCCAGAGAAGCUGCUCUCCGCUGCGUCAGAGCGACCACACCGGUGCUUGUCUCUGCCUUCACCCAGGACUUUGUACUGGCACGGCGGAGUACCUCGGUCACCUGAGUCCACCGCCAGCGUGUUGAUGUGUGUUUGCCCCACUCACGAGAAUGAAGCGGAAUUGCCGUUGGCUCUGCUGAGACUUGCUGUGGGGGGCCCUGAAAGUGAAUUCCCAACGUCGGCCGUGGGGCGUGCAGAACUUGGGGGCCACAUCACAGGACGGUCCCGCCAGACAGCUGCGACAUUUAGACCCCCCAAAGCUUUUCUCUCUGGGUUCUCCAGGCCUGCGCAGAGGUUAAGCUGCUCUGCUCUCCUGAGGGGUCCCUGGAACCCUGCAGGCUAGGUGGCAAGCUCUUUGCUCGCUGGCAGCUUCAGAAGGUGACCUAGGCCAGGUCUGGGUAGCAGGACAUUUCCAAUUCACGAUUUAAAAAAAAAGAUGUAUGUAUACGGAACUGGGGUACAGGCUAGAGAUGCAGGGGUGGU